GCAAAAGAUUCUACAGUAUUCAUCACCUAGAUAAAUCUGUCUCGACAGGUUCAACGAUAGCAACACCAAGUACUACACUCUACAGCUUAUCAAUAUCAACACUCACAACAUGCACACCUCCAAGUUGAACACUCAGCCAAACAAGGCCAUGUUCAUCGACAACAUCGCCAGUCUCUCCGACCCUCUGUCCUCCAUGUCAUCCAUCUUCUCCCUCGUCUCCCUCCUGACCAUGGCUUAUCAAGUCCGGACACCACAGCCCUCGGUCCAGCAGCGUCUUCUCACCCUCCUCAACACAAUGUCACCAGCCUUGACGACAGGGACUCAGACAACACCCGACUCGCCAAGGGGAUACUCCCGUGAAGAGAUCCUCAACUCCUUUGUCCACUUCCUCAGCCCCGUGCUCAACGGCAUGGCCGGCAUGCUCGAACUCCUCUCAGCCGUCGACGCCUUCUCACGGCCAGAGGACUUUAGACAAUUCUGGAGCCUGGAGCGGAGCAACCUCAUCAGGGACUUUAUCGAGAGCGGGGGACCUCUGCGGGGGAUGGAGGGCUACGACGUUCCCUUCCUCGAGGCCUUUGUCAAGGACUCAUCCUGCAGAAUCGCCCUCGGCAAGAACCAGGGCAUGCUACUUCUGGUGCCCGGCGACGCCGAAGUCGGCGACGAUGUCUGGUGGGAUGAGGACGAGCAGCGUCUCACCGUUUCAAGAAAGGGCGAGGAGGAUCUCAACGCCGCCGAGGCGUAUCUCGACGACGGUUCAAGAAUGGCUGUCUUGGCCAUUUCUUCUGCGACUUAGAAAGAGAGACAUGGCGCUUUCUCUUUCCUUUUUUGACGAUUUUACGAUCUUUUGCUUUUUUUUUUGUGUUUGAUCUGAUAUCCACGCUAAAGAAGUUUUUUUGAGAUUGGGUUAACGGCGCUCACUGGGGAUAUAUGCUGGCGUAUUGUGAGCGUUUACAUGGAUAGAAACAAGUUUAUUAGGAUAAAUAAUAGUAUAGCAUAGGUACUCUUUCUCGUGAGUUCACGAUACCUUCCAAUGAAAAUUCCUUAAAAAGGCAAA